AUGUCCUCCGAACCUUUGUUAAUCGUUGGAGAUUUUAAUAUCCAUGUCGAUAUCUCACGUGAUCCUAACGCUAUUCGAUUUCUUGAUCUGUUGUCCUCUAUGGGUCUUGAUCAACAUGUUGACAAGCCUACUCACACAUCUGGACACACCCUUGAUCUGAUAAUCACGCGGAAUUCUGAUACUUUACUUCCCACUCGUCCUUUAACAGAUUAUUUGUUUUCGGAUCAUAUCACAGUCAUAUGCGACCUCACAUUAGGAAGAAUACCACCAACUGAGAAACAAGUAUCAUAUAGAAAAAUUAAAGCAAUUGAUAAAACAAGACUUCGAGAAGAAUUAUUGACAUCAGAUCUUUGUAUAAACAGUCCUGACACGCUUAAUGAACUUGUGAAAUGCUAUAAUGAUACUUUAGCUCAGACACUAAACCGGCACGCACCCCUAUGUACGAAGGUCAUCAAAUCUAGACCAUUAGUUCCCUGGUUCAAUGAUGAUAUUAAAAUUGCAAGGCGAGAGAAGAGAAAAGCCUAG